AUGACGGCGAAAUCCCAGACCGAGCGGCCUAAGGUCCAAACGAACGACUCCCUGUUCUUUCGAACGCGAAGCGCGACUGCAGCGAAGCACAACAGAAACCGUGGAUCUCUCACGUAUGCCUUUGAUCCAUAUAGCUCCGACUCCAGUUCGUCCUCGUCGUCCGAUGAGGAGGAACCCGAAUCAAACGCUACACCCGAGCACGGCCGACGCACAAGCUCACCUAAAAAGAAAGGCAGACGCGUUUCGAGCUCGGCGCCCUUCUCGCGCUUUCAGGUCGGCAAUGAGCACUUCAAGACGAAAGGGAGGGUAUCGAAGCGGGAUGGGCGACUGAAGAUCUCGUUGAGCGAGACCGCGAAUACCGGAUACUUGGCCAAGGCCCUUGGAGCUGGGGUCCGCACCGGAAUGAACGCUGUGAGCGCGAAACCACGGAAUAAGUGCGCCAUGUUCUCGCAUGAUGGUGUCGAACCAGAACCCGAGAUCCCUUCUGACGAAGAUGAUAUGGAGCUACAUCCCGAAACUAGGGUUAGGCUCAAUAUCGUGGUUAUAGUCAUUGGGUCGAGAGGCGAUAUUCAGCCGUUCCUCAAGAUUGGCAAGGUCUUGAAAGAGGAGUAUGGACAUAGGGUGAGAAUCGCCACUCACCCUGCGUUCAAGAAGUUCGUAGAGCAAGACUCGGGCCUUGAGUUUUUCUCAGUGGGAGGGAACCCAUCUGAGCUCAUGGCUUUCAUGGUCAAAAAUCCAGGACUGAUACCGUCCAUAGGCACAGUGAAGGCUGGUGAAAUUGGAAGGAGGAGAACGGAUAUGUAUAAUAUGUUUCAGGGCAUGUGGCGUGCCUGCAUCAACUCUACAGACGACGAAACAGACGAGGAAAAUAUGAAAAUGAUGGGAGACAAGAAUCCGUUCAUUGCAGAUGCUAUUAUCGCGAAUCCUCCAAGUUUCGCACCUCCUCAUAUUGCCGAGCGUUUAGGUAUACCAUUGCACAUGAUGUUCACUUUUCCAUACACCCCGACUGUUCAUUUCCCUCAUCCUUUAGCGAACAUCAAAGCGAGUAACCUCGAUGCUAAUUAUACCAAUUUUAUGAGCUAUCCGUUAGUCGAGAUGAUGAUCUGGCAGGGACUCGGCGACUUGAUAAAUAAAUUUCGGACGACGACGCUUGGUUUGGAGCAAGUAUCGACAAUCUGGGCCCCAGGCCAACUGUACAGAUUGAGGGUGCCAUACACAUACAUGUGGUCACCGAGCCUUGUUUCCAAACCCAGUGACUGGGGUCCAGAAAUUGACAUCGCCGGCUUCGUAUUCUUGGAGCUGGCAUCGUCUUUCAACCCCCCCGAAGCUCUUACAAAGUUUCUGGAAGCGGGACCACCUCCAGUAUACAUUGGAUUCGGCAGCAUUGUUGUCGACGAUCCAGAAAGGUUCACAAAGCUCAUCUUCCAAGCCGUCGAGAUGGCCGGCGUGCGUGCCAUUGUCAGCAAAGGUUGGGGUGGCUUAGGCGACGAAAAACACACACCAGACAACAUUUUCAUGCUAGAGAACACACCACACGACUGGCUCUUCCCAAGAGUCAGCGCAGUCGUCCAUCACGGCGGCGCAGGAACUACUGCUAUUGGGCUGAAGUGCGGAAAGCCAACGAUGAUUGUCCCCUUCUUCGGGGAUCAACCGUUCUGGGGAGCUAUGGUCGCCAAAGCACGGGCAGGAGCCCACGAAUGCAUUCCCUACAAGAGUCUCACCGUCGAGCGCCUCGCUGAGGGCAUCAAGCAAUGUUUGACCGACGAAGCACGCGCUAAUGCCCAAAAGAUAGCGGAGAAUAUUGCGAAGGAAGGCGAUGGUGCUCGCAAUGCCGUCAAGUCAUUCCAUCACAGUCUCCCGCUCAAGGGCGAGCAUACUAUGCGCUGUGACCUGUUGCGAAAUCGUGUUGCGGUGUGGCAAACCAAGACCUCAGAAACGAAGCUCAGUGCGCUAGCCGCAGAGAUCUUGGUUGCGAAGAAGAAGCUCAAAUGGUCGGACAUGAGAUUGCUCAGGCAUUACGAGUGGAAUGAUUUUGGAGGUCCUGGUGAACCACUGACUGGAACUGGCAGCGCGAUUCUGGGAAGCAUCACAAGUGCUGCGAAAGGCGUGGGUGGAAUUCCAAUAAAAAUGGCGAGCAGCGUGAGAAAACGCAAAGACCACGAGAUCAGGAAAGGUAAAGCUAAGAAAAGAGCGAAGGAUACUUGGGCGGUAGACGAGGCUGUCGUUGAUGGGACUACUAAACAUAAGAAGGUACCGAACGGCAGGCCAUCUGGCCCGGAGAGAGGGAAUACUACGCUUUCGAAGCUGUCUGCUGACCCUGAGGAGCCUUUAGUGCUAGAACUAGCACAGGAGGCCGGGCACGGGUUUCAGCAGACUGGGGAAGCAUUGGCUACAGCACCGAUGGAGCUAGUACUAGCCGUCGCCCAAGGCUUCCACAAUGCUCCCCGCCUUUACGGCGAUCCAACUGUGCGUCGUCCUCCCCGUAUCUCAGGUUUUCACUCUGGCCUCCGCGCUGGUCGCGACGAAUUUCUCUUUGGUAUCUACGAUGGCGUUACCGGUCUCUGGAUGCAACCAUACAAUGGCGCAAAGCACAACGGCGUCCUGGGCUUCUGUUCGGGUAUCGGUUAUGGUAUAGGCGGUUUCGUGCUUAAGGACAUUUCAGCAAUAAUAGGACCCUUCGCCUAUACAUUUAAGGGAAUAGAAAAAGAGCUUAAGAAGGGGAGCCAGCCGACUGCUUUCAUAAGGCGUGCUCGGAUCAUUCAAGGACAGAAGGAUUUCAAGGCAUUGGCGGCGGUUGAUCUAACACACGAUAACGAGUUUGAUCGGAAGAAGGUGGAUGAGAUGGUCGCUCGCAGGAAGGAGAUUGAGAAGGAUGUCCUUUCGAAGUGGAAGGUCGUAAAGAAGGAGGUGGAACGAGAGAGGAUCAGGUCGCAUAGUACUGUGCGCGGCAGACUCGGGCUCGCGCCGAGCGAGAGGAAAGGCGGGAAACACGUCCCGAGAAAAGACGAAGUCAGGAAUAGCUUGAAAGUCCAAAAUUCGACCUUAAAGAGGAGCAGGGAGGUUGAGAGGGAGAAAGUCGACAACGCACUGGCUCCUGCUGCGUCUGAAGCCAUGCCUGACCCGAGUGAGCUGAAAGCCGAAGCAAAGGACUCUGGGGUUGGGUUGAGGAAACCGAUUUCGAGCACAGAUGCGCUGCGGCAACCGGAAGACGCGGACACAAACUCGGCAGAUGUGAGCGCAAAGAAGGACGAAAAAAGUGACACAGGAGGAAGAAGCAUGAGGCCAAGCGGGGAUAGAGAGAGGGCUGUCAGUGAUACCAUGGAUUGGGCUAAGGCAUAA